AUGAGUCGACGAGCCCAUCAAGUUUCCAACUCAAACUUUGUAAGAGCCUUGUUUGUAGGAGCCCUCUACAACGACAGCACCAGACAACAAGAUGAUGAAGAUUUACAUGAUAUGAAUCACUCGGGAAUUAAUAGUGUGUUCGAGUUUAGUUCUGAGGUUAAUUUGUAUUAUGAAAUGAAAGUUCCCUCCGAGAUGAUGAUCCAGCCUUUUGAUGAGUUGACCAUGAUGGCUUGGGUUCAUCCUACAAAACAUGGAGAUAUUAGAAUUUUUGAUUCUUCUGUGGCUGGAGAGAAUUUUGCAGGCUUUGGUUUUGAUUUGCAUAUGGAUAAGGUGAGGUUUCUUGGUUCGAGAAGGGAUGAUGUUGCUGUGGGGGUCAAUUGUGUGAGCAGUCGAAGGAGUGUUAGAAUUGGGGAGUGGAAUCAUUGUUGUGUGACUUUUAAGAAGGGAGAAAUGAGAUUUUAUAUUAAUGGAGAAUUGGACGUGGUGCAUUUGAGUGAUUUGAAGAUGUUGGAUCCACCUCUGCAAAAUAAGCUCUGUAUUGGAUAUUCUAUGAUAGGCCACCCAGGUAGUGGCUAUUAUGAAGGAUUUAUGAGCCAAAUGUCAGUUUGGAAUGUAGCUCUUUCUGAUAAUCAUGUAGAAAUGUGUUCCAGAAAAAAUCUAUUGCUUUUACAGGGAAAGGGGCAAACUGAUAGUCAAUUCUUUUUUGAUCCAGAAUUAUACCAUAUUUUCAAUAAUCAUGCAUUGAUUUAUUUGCCAUACCUGAAGUGGGAUAAUGAUAGAGUGAAGAAUUUUGGAAUUUCUUCUGAGAAUUUGGAUAUAAAAGCGAACUGUCCUUCAAGAAGAUCCAGUAAGAAGAUCUUAUCAGUGAGCAAUGAUAGAGCCAAAUUCACCUCGAAUGAAUCUGGUUUUGAUUCGAAUCAAUAUCCAGUUUUUAAAGGUGUUUACUGGAUGCGAGAAUUGCAUCAACAUUUCUCAAAGGAGAAGAGAGCAAUGAUUAAUCUCCUGCUACUGAUUGCCAAUAGACAUGCUCCAUUAAUUGGUGAUUUGCCAGGUGAGGUAUUGGAAGUUGUGUUUUCAUUCCUGGAAUGAGUUUGGAUUACAACAAAACCCAAAUUAAAAAAAUGAAAGCAUGUCAAGCUCGUAAUUUU